UUAAACUAAUCAGUUUUGCGUUCGUCGUGGACUGUUGCAGAUGAUAGUUAAUUAGAAGUUAAACAAACGAUAGCGAAUGCAAAUGAAAAUGGACAAUGACGUUGGCCCGCAGAUCGUUAAAAUCGAGAGACCUGUGUACGAACAGGAACAAUUGCAUCAGGAUGGAGAUUAUUUUAAACCAACCAAAAAUAGAAUCAAAGAACUUUUCUCAUCUUGUACGAAAUGUAAACCACUGUCUCUUGUUACAAGCGUCUUACCCAUCACAGUAUGGCUCAGAGAAUAUAACUGGAGUCGAGAUUUAGUUGGAGAUUUAAUUUCAGGUUUUACAGUUGCUGUAAUGCAUAUACCUCAAGGCAUGGCAUACGCCUUAUUGGGAAACGUUUCCCCAAUUGUUGGUAUUUAUAUGGCAUUCUUUCCUGUAUUAAUUUAUUUUUUGCUGGGCACAUCUCGGCAUAAUUCAAUGGGAACGUUUGCUAUAGUUUGUUUAAUGACUGGUAAAGUUGUUUUGAAGUAUGCCGAUCCGUAUUAUUUUAAGAUGGAACUAAAUGAUAAUUUGAUAAAGAAUAAUUCAACUGAAUUAAGUAAUAUUGGAUUUUCACCCAUUGAAGUAGCAACCGCGGUAACAUUCCUUGUUGGAAUAAUCCAGUGUGGAAUGUAUACAUUCCGAUUAGGAAUUGCCAGUAUGCUUCUUUCUGAGUCGCUUGUUUCCGGCUUCACAACCGGAGCUGCUGUGCAAGUUAUGACAUCUCAAAUUAAAGACCUUUUUGGUUUGAGUAUCGAGAAAAUGAGCGGGAAAUUUGAAGUUAUAUAUACAUAUUUGAAUAUAUUUCAAAACAUCACAACUACCAAUGUUACUGCCCUUUUAAUAUCGACUAUAACCAUUUUUAUUUUGACUCUUAACAACGAAAUAAUUAAGCCCAAAGUGGCUAAGUUGUGUUCGUUUCCUAUUCCAAUUGAACUGAUAGCAGUUGUAGCAGGGACUCUACUGUCUAAAUUUUUAUUUUUGGACACGGAAUACAGCAUUAAAACUGUGGGUGAUAUUCCACAAGGACUUCCGGAGCCCAUUCUUCCACAACUUUCUUUAUUUUCAAAUAUAGUUGUCGAUUGUAUAAUGAUUGCCAUUGUGUCUUAUGCGUUAACCCUGUCCAUGGGUUUAAUAUUUGCUCAAAAAUUGAAUUAUGAAAUUGACGCAAAUCAAGAACUUUUAGCUCUUGGUAUAGGAAAUUUAUUUGGUUCAUUUUUUUCUUGCAUGCCCUACUGUGCCUCUAUAUCACGUUCUUUAAUUCAGCAAACCGUUGGGGGAAAAACCCAACUGGCAUCAAUUACAUCAUGUUCAAUAUUGGUUUUUGUUUUGAUGUGGAUAGGACCAUUUUUUGAACCUUUGCCAAAGGCCGUUUUGGCAAGUAUUAUUGUGGUUGCCCUUAAAGGAAUGCUAAUGAAUGUAAAAGAUUUUUUUAAAUUUUUAAAACUUAACAAGAUGGACGCCGCAGUUUGGACGGUUACGUUUUUGUCUGUUAUACUUAUUGCUGUCGAUGUUGGACUUUUGAUUGGUUUUUGUGUUUCGCUUUUGAAUGUCUUAAUAAUGGGCCUGAAGCCCUAUGUGUGUCUUUUAGGAGCGCUUCCGGAUACAGAUAUCUAUUUAGAUAUCAAUAGAUACAAAAUGGUUUGUGAAAUACCUGGGCUGAAAAUAUUUCAUUAUCGAGGCAAUAUAAAUUUUGCUUCUCGAACAAUUUUUAGGACAGAACUGUACAAAACUAUUGGUCUAAAUCCUCAAAAAGAAUUAAUAAUGCGUAACAAAAUUGAAAAGUAUACAACCGUUAUUGUGAGUUCGUUAGAAACAAAUAACAAAUUAAGUAAACUAAAGGACAAAGUAUCGACAGGAUUCAUGUGUUUGAUAUUAGAUUUUUCUGCAGUUAAUUAUGUUGAUCCGUCAGGUGUUACAGUUAUAAAACAGAUCGCUGAAGAGUUUCAGAAAAUUGGUGUUUCAAUUUUUGUUGCUGGAUGUUCGGGUGAGUACCUUUUUUCAAAGUUAUUUACGCUCAACUCCAAUAUAUACCCCGCUUCAUAUAUCUCUAUCUGCGAGUCAUAAAUUGUUGCGUAUGAUGAGAGCUUUUGAAUGAGCUAUAUCUCAAUGGUCGGGUAUGAGGGGGACGGGAAGAUACGAGAGGGUGAAUGUUCAAAAAGUUGUGGACGGAUGUAGAAUUUACGACAAACUUUCACACUGUUACAAAUAUUCUUUUGUGACAGAUAUGCUUAUGGUAGGUAUGAUAAGUUUCAUCAUCAUCAUAAGAUCGUCAGUCCUAAGACUGGUUGGACACGUACCUCCACUCUUUCCUAUCCUGAGCUAAUCUUCGCAUUUCCUUCAAACUAGAAGAUCUCAUAUCCUAAACUGUUUGUGAACAGUAAUCUAAUCUAGGUCUACCUCUACCC